AUGGAUUUCCAGAAUGUUUCGGCUUUAGCCAGCUUCGAUUACUGGUUUAACUGGAGAGUGUUUCUCUGUGCGGUAUGGGUUUUGAGUCCCAUGAUUGUUGCUUUGUUCGUCAUAUGGAAGUACGAAGAUGGUUCAGUGCAAACUCAGCGACGAAAUGGUAAUGCCACUGGUGGUGGUGAUAGUGAACACGACGAUGACCUAUGCAUUGACGAUGUUUGGAGACCGUGCUUCAAACAAAUCCACCCGGGUUGGUUACUGGGUUUCCGGGUCAUCGCCUUCUGCUUUCUUCUGGCGAGCAACAUUGUCCGGCUUGCGUUUCGUGGAUGGCGUAUAUACUACUAUUACACUCAGUGGACAUUCACGUUGAUAGCAAUCUACUUUGGGAUGGGAUCGUUGCUUUCAGUUUAUGGGUGUUUUCAACACAAGAAGCAACGGAGCACGAGAGUAACGGCUGAUCAAGUAGGUAAUGAUGCAGAGAACGGAUAUCGCGUGCCCCUUAUCAAUGGGGAGAACAUGGUUUCGCUCGAGAAGAGAAAAACUUUGGACUCAAAGGCACUACGGUCCUGUGUCCAUCUUUUCCAGAUUAUAUUUCAGAUGAGUGCUGGAGCAGCUGUGCUUACAGAUAGUAUAUAUUGGACCGUGAUUUUCCCGUUUCUGUCUUUACAAGACUAUGAGAUGAGUUUCAUGACUGUGAAUUUGCAUACGAGCAACCUCGUUUUGCUGCUUUGUGACACAACUCUUAACCGUCUGAGAUUUCCGUUGUUCAGGUUCUCUUACUUCAUCUUGUGGACCGGAAGUUUCGUUAUUUUCCAAUGGACUCUCCAUGUCUUCGUCUCCGUAGGGUGGCCAUAUCCAUUUCUUGACCUGUCAAUUUCAAUGGCUCCGGUGUGGUACUUGUUGGUAGCACUCCUGCAUCUUCCUUCUUAUGGCUUCUAUGCAUUAUUUGUCAGAAUCAAACAAAAACUCACCACCUGA